CCUUGACUGUUCACAUUGGAUAGUCCCGAAGACCUGAAAUCGUAUUGUAAAAUCAAGAAUUCAGAGUCAAGAAAACAAUUUGUUUUCACAAAUUAGUUAGAAAAGAUAUUAGGAUUGUUGAUUUAAUAUAUAUUCGACUUAAUUCCUGUGGGCACAAGUUUUACAAGUUGACGAGGUUUUGAAACCAACAGUAACGAUAACCAUAUCAACAUGAUCAUAAGCGCGGUUAUCCCAGUCAUAUGAAAGAUGUUGCUUCCUAAUGAGCGAAUGACUAUUAAAGAAAGGAAACAUGACUAUCUUUACGAUCCCUUAUACAGUCUUUCAAGUGCAGCUGACCAUGAACGGGUUGCAACUAAAGAUCAUUUAGAUGUGUCGAAAAUGCAAAAAUUGUUCUCCUUUCAGAAUUUGUUCAGUGAAGUACCCAUAUAUCGUCCUUAUAUAUGGCGUCUAAAUCCAAGUGAUCCCGUACCUAUGUUCAUGUCUAGGUAUUUUCACCCUGUAGAUGUUUGCAAAAAGUUAAUCCAAAUGUAAGAAUUUGAAUCCUUUAAUUCUCAAAGGAGUCAGCUUAAAAAAAACAAAGAUCUAAUGAUUGGUCAUGUGUUUGAGGGUAUGGAUCGGUCGAAAUAUUUCACCCAUCAUACCUUAUCUCUUUGUCCAUAUCCUUCAGGAAAUCCGAAAAUUAUGGAUAUUACGUUGGACUCUUUAGUAGGAAAUCAAAAUAUCACCCAAAUAGAUCUAAGGCCGAAACGACCUGUCUAUAUAUCACGUUAUGUGCAGACAAUGUAUCGUGAUUCAGAGGCGCAAACUGACCCAUAUUCUCCAUUGUAUGUUGUCAAUACAAGGGAAAACCUUGAGACACUGAAAUUAACUUCGUUGAGUUAUGGAUAUGGACUUCCAGUCGGAUUAUUUGAUGUUGAAAGAAUUGAACGUGCAAGACGAAGACGAGAAAUUGAAGCAAAUUUACCGCCGUAUAAAGAUAUUGCAAAUAAUCUGGUACAAAUUGCCAAACGACGUAAAAUUUUGGAAGGUUUGGAAAAUCGCGAAUGGUACUUCAGAGAAAGAGAGGUUGAAGCAAUGCAAGAAGUUCGACUAAAUGUAAUCGUUCAACUUUUGCGUAGACGUGAACAACGUAAACAAGAAGUCAUAUCUAGGCGAUUAGAUCAGAAAUGGAGCGAAAGUUGUGCACAGAAUGAGACAAAAUGCAGAGCUAUAAAAUAUCGUUAUAUUGGAGAGUUACGCAAAUUAUUGAAACUUCGGUUAGCUGCUAAAGAAUAUAAAUUUAAACGUGAUAUGAUAAUGGAUUAUGCUAAACCAUCAUCUCAAGUUUUUGCUCCACUCACGCGACUUGGUGUAUUUCCAGAUCGUAGUUCUGAACGUUAUGUUGUAAAAAAUAUAUAUUCAUCGCGUUAUGAAGGUCUACUUACUUUAGAAGCCAGAUUGCCUCGAUUUGCAUUCCAACCAAGAAUUAGAUUACAACAACCGAAACUACACACAAAAGAUGGAUUUUUAAAACGUAAAUAUCGCCAUCAAAAAGAAUUAGCUGAAUUACACGAUUAUUUGCAAAAACCCUCAGUAAGUGAACGAAAUACCGCUCUAAGAAAACCACGAUUUUUACAAAAGAUUGAAAAACCUAUGCCACGUCCAAUAACCUCAGAUUAUAUAACAAUAAAAAGUGAAGAAUCUGAAAGACAAGAAGUAGCUGUAAUUAUGUUGCAACAAUUAAUUCGCGGGCGUGCAAUUCAGACUCAAAUGUAUGAGGGUAAACGAAAACGUAGUGAAUUAAUUGCUGAGUCAAGGUCAACGCAUGCUCUGUUAGAAGAUGAACAAGCUCAAAAAAAACGUGAAAAAUUAACCAUUUUAACAAAACAAGAAGAUUUCAGUCAUCUUUUGCAUCAAGAGCAUCUAGUAGAAGAUAUCUUAGGACAGUUUGAAUGUGAUAGUUUAGCUAAUAUGUUAGAUUUUCUGAGUAAAGAAUUGGAUCGUCUAAUCGAAGAGCGACGUAUACAUGCAUUAGUACUAAUAGCAGAACGUCAACGUCGUAUACGAGAAGCGGAAGAAUGUGGUACACGUCAAAAAGAAGAGCGCAGAAGGAGAGAACAAGAUGAAAUUUUCAAACAGCUUGUUAAGGUACACGAAGAUACAGUUGAUAGUUAUCUGAUAAAUAUUGCUGGCUUAGCUGUAAAUAGUGCAGCUGAUUACUUAGCUAAGGAAGAAAUUUCGACAUUAGCUCAAAAAAUUGAACAAGCUAAUCUCUAUGAAUUAAAUCGUGGUGAAUUAGAAACAAAUGAAUUAGCUGCUGAAUUAAUACAUAAUUUCUUAAUACCGUUUGUAAGUUGUAUGAUAUUAACUGUUUUGAAAAAAAAUGUUUGUCUUUCUUUAAAUGAUAGUUUUUUUUUGUUGGCUGGCAUCAAAUGGAAAAUCACUAAAACCAGGAAGCAUUGGCAGUGGUUCUCAUUUUUUAGACCCGUCAACAUUACCCAGUCAUUACCCCCCCUCACAUGAGAUUGAACCCAAAACAUUAGGAUCUCUUAGCAUACAUAAUGCCUUAAAACCACUCAGUCACUGGUUCACAUGUCAGACUCUAUUCAGUCAACAAUAAAGUUGAGAUUGUAAACCGUUAAAGGUCGAUUCAGGAAUCUUAUAGCAACAGGUUUGUUAGAAAAUCUGAAGUUUUUAAGUUAAACUUCACAGCUGGUAAUUAGUUCACCGGUUGAUGUCAUUUCAUAAUGAAGAUUAUUUUUAGAAAUUAAUUAAUCUCCAUAAAACGCAGCUGAACAAAAAUGUUUUUAGUGUAAAGAUUUUGUGGAAACCUGUCUAAUUUGUUGGUGAUCUUCUUCAAAGAUUGACGAUAGUUGAAUGUAAUCAUAAACUUAAUAUUUUUAUACUUCAAGAUGAGUUUUUGAACUUCUGGUGAAAAAUCAUAAUCACUGAACUUUAGCUAUUUCAUAUAUAAGACUGUCUUCACUAUUGGCUAUAGAUGGAUGACAUGGUGUGAUUCGAAUUGCGUGAAAUCGGAAUUUAAUGUUUAUUUGAUGAUAAACUAAUGGUCCGCUGGUUACAUACUCUCAAGGAACCCCGAAGAUCUCAGGCCCUAUCUCUGGUGUAGUCUGAUCAUCACUGAUGAGGAAUCUCAUGCUAGAAAAGAACAAUGCUCCUGUUUUGAAUGUUAUCUUCAACUGAUUUUCUGUUUAUACCUAAAUAAAUAAUUACGAAAACAAGAUUCUACUUAAGGUAGCUUGAAAAAGAUGAAUCAACUGAAGAGUUGUUAGAAAUUAGUCUGUAUUGAGAACUAUCUAAUAUUAUUGAUCUCAGCACUCUGUCUCACAAAGGAGGCCUACAGCAUCACUUACUUACUCAAUUCUGUUGCCUUUCUUGAAGCAGCAUAGGUCGCCCAUCAGCGUUCUCCAUCCAACUCUGUCCUGGGCAACCACGGGGACCAUUUGAUGUUUUUACUUCACAUGAUUGAGAAUCAGUGUCAGCGCUCUAAUUUCCGUAAAUUUGUAACAUAUAGCAAAAAACUUCAUACUAGAAUCGAUGGAAAUUCGUCUCCACACUUAAUUUUGUUGACUCUACAAGUUAAUUUUUAUUAUCACUUUCAGAAUAAGUACAUAAAAUUCUCUAGUUGUCAAUACCAAGGUUGAACUUGAUAGUCUAAAGUAAAUUGAGCAUUAGGUAGAAAGUUAUUAAGGAUAAAAUAAUUAUACUAAAAACGCAAAGAGAUCUCUUUUUAGCGAAUUUAUUAUCAAGCUGUACAGUCGUUUAUCUGUAUGAAGUUUUUUGUUAAAGUGUUAUGUCCCGAUAAGCAUAAUGAAUGGUAACUUUCGCGAUCCAUUUAUGGAUCAAUACUAUGCGUAUAUUUUUAUCGUAUAAUUGUUAAAUAACUAAACUGUUCAUAUUCAUUUCCCUCUUAUUAUAAGCUUUAUUUUAACCUACGAACUAUUAUUAUACGAUUUACCAUUCUUGAAUUAUGCCCUGGCCAUUAAUUACUACCUCCCGCAUUCACAGCCACAUUUGGCCAAAUCUUGUAUAAAUGUUGUUUCCUAUUUUAUUGGUACGAUGUGGUCUGUCUGGUUGCUAAAUAAACCGAGUAUGUUUGAAAUAAAUGAUUCAUAUUGCAGAGGCUGAGAUUGGUGUUCUGGACUUAACUGGGUGGGCUAGGCAGGAAGCAGGACCGAUAAGUACUCUAGACCGCUCGUACGUGUUUUAUGCGCAUGCGUCACUGGUCCGAUCGAUAAUUCACUGCUCCAUAAUUGGCGGUCAGUGGUAUAACACAAAGUAUUAUUUCCGUGAGGGCAAAUGAACAAUGAAUAAACAUGAUGAUGUAAUAAAUAGAUUGCGUAAUAUGAAUAAUAACAAUUACCGAUUGUGUGUACAAAUAGGAAAACCUUGUAAAAUUCAUAAGUUAGCAACGGAUGAUAAUGUGGAUGAUGUAAGUUGAUUAAAAUAUCCAGUUCUUCCAGGCUUUCAAUGAUGUUGUAGCUUAAAUCGUUCUACCUUUUUGUGCGAAAUGUAGAGCUCCCUAUUCUUCUUUGGAAACAUUUAAUGGGAAGCAUUUGUGUUUUGGCAAAAUUCGAGAUGAUUUUUAACGUAAUAUGUGUGACUAAUUUUCUGGUAUCUGUUCGAAUACCAGUUCAGGAAUUGGAGCAAUUUCUAGAGUAUUGAGAGAUUUUCUAUGUAAAUCAAAAUGUGAUCCUGUUUCUAGUAGACCUAUUUCGCGAGUACUAAUAGGUCUGUUUGAAAGAUUACGAACCACCCUCAGAUCAUGAGAAGUAGAUUUCUUCAGUAAUUUUGACUGAAUUAGAUAUUCUAAUUUGUUUUCUCUAUACUACUUAGACUUGUGUUAAUUGAUUUACAUUAUUUAUCCAUUUACUCUGAAUCAGUGAAUUAGAUUAAGUCACGGAACGUCAGAAAUGCAAAUUUCUACUCAUUGGGAUAUCACAAAAAUAUAAUUAUUUUAUCAUUAUAAAAGUUUCUGUUUUGACAAUAUAACAUGAACGAAAGAAUCGAUCAUUACUAAGCUGUAUAAAAUAGAAAUCGAUAGAUUUAACUAUUACUGAAAUCAUGAACUGAUCUCAUUUGGUCAAUCGAUGUAAAUUUAAAAUCAUGGAACGGCCGUUUCGUCAUAGUAUUGAACUCAGCAGUGCACGUCUACGACCUCGCACGUGGGAGUCGAACGCAAGACCUUCAGUCUCGCGCGCGAACACUUAACCUCCAAACCACCGAGCAAAAAUUCAGUGGUGUAUCGGUCUAACUUCAAUCAAGCCACGGUAUUGCACGACUAUCCAAUGCUUUCAGGUUUUCAAUCCUUGUCUAACUUAGGUCUGUCUGUAAUUUUAAUGAUACUCAAUAACCUUCAUAAAACCCUGCUGAAGAUUUAUCUUUGUACGUCGUAUAAAUCAAUAUAUGAAUUAUAUGUUUUCAGUAAUUUUUGGCUAUAUUGUGCAAAAUGAACACUUACUCAUCCGACAUUGUCGUUUAUUCGUGACAUGUCGAUUUCUCUUUCUUUAUUACACAUGGAUAAUCGUUUGAAGACUUUUAAUAAAAAUAAUUUAGACCCCUAAUAAACAAUCACGAACUAUCUCGAAUUUACAUAUAUCUGUUAUUGUCAUGAGAAUUUAUUACCGGACGAAUUAAACUCUACAACCUAGCUUAUUGGACAGAAAUUAUUGAAGUUGAAGUGUAGUUCACUGCAAGUGUCCUAUCGAUAAAUAUUUCUUCCCAACCUACCAUUUGUAUCUCGUUUCAUUCCAAGGUCUACAAACUGAAGCAUCUUGUCAUGUUCAUGUUCCACUGUAAAUCGGGUAAUUGCGUGUGGCAUGUUGAUAAUCAUCACAGGCCACAAAUGCACAUUCAAUUUACCUGACGUACAAUGUUUUGUCAUUGAUUACUAAUUUCGUUGCCGUCUUUCAUAGGUUUUACGUACCUCAGUGGGCUACCCAUAAACAACUCUAUUAAUACGAAAAUAUCAGACAUUAUUGAAUUAAAAGUGGUUAUCUUUGGUAAAUAUUUAUAGAAGCUACCUAAAUUCAUCUUCUGUUAGGAGGUUAAGUCAGAGUAUUGACAUGUUAUUUGCAUGGGUUAUUCUAUCGAGAUGCUAGUAAAUAACAGUGAUAAAUAAAAUAAAGCCAUGAAUUUAUCGAAGAUUUCAAUAUUUUCUAGUCAUUGAAUAAAUUAUAAAGUGUCUAUCAAGCUUUGAACAGAUAAAUUUAAACGAAUCAGUCCUAAAUAAUGGGCUAAUCAGUGGGUGAGAUUGUGAAAUGAAUUGAUAAUAGUGGUCAGAAAAAAAAUUAGGUUUAUGUAUUCUUGGUAUGGAUUUUGUGAGUGUAUCUUGGGAUAUGGAAUUUAAAUAAAAACAAAAGUAUUCUCAGUUCUAUUCAAGUUAAAACUUCAUAAGUUGCAGAUAAAUUUCCCAGGAAUGUCUACACGUAGUUGGUCUUGAAAAAGGACUUUUGAUAAUAUCUUUUCACUUUCUAUAAGCUUUUGACGCAACCUCUCGGAGGAAAUAGUAAAAUUCACCGCACAAUAUUGACUUCUUCAACGACUUGAUUUGGAUCAGAAGCUCUGGUUCUUAGUUUACAUACUAGGUCUGUUGCAGCUUCAACAUAAGAUUUUUCAUUGGUGGAGGUAAUGCUCAUCAGCUCAACGUUCUCAUUUUCUAACACUGACAUCUGGUAUAGUUUUUCCUUAUUUACUGCUCUUUUCAUUAUUCUUUUAUAUAGUACCUACAAUGAUUUUUAAUGUAUAAUUCUAUUGUGUUUAGGCUAUAAGCAGCUGAUAAAAAAACUGUGAACUAUUAUUAAUUUAUGUCAUUCUGUUACGUUAGUUAUCCUUCCUUUAAUGAGAUUCGGAAAAAUGUAUCGAUAAUUAUUUAUAAAUGUUUCUAGGUAAACAAAAGUUCACAUGAGUUACAUGAGGAACGACGGAAACGCAAAUAUUUAAAUGGUGCACAUCGUGAAAUAUGGGGUCCAUCACACGAUGCUUCUAGAAAUGUAUCCGACUCAACUGGUCUACAAUUAAAACAUCAUGAUACAACAACCUCGACACCAAAUGUCUGGUGGUGAAAUAAGCAGAACAGUCAGUUAUGCCAAAUGCAAAUACCAUGGAUAGAAAAAUAAAGGAAAUUAGACACACCGACUAAUAACCUGGAAGUACGCUACAAUGACAACAAUAGUGAUGAUAAUAAUAAUGUACGACAAUUUUACAAUUUUAUUUAAUCCUUAACGAUUAUUGUUUUCACUUAAUUCUUUGGUCAUAAGGAGAAAUUUACCAAGCAUUCAAUUAAUAAAACGUAUAUUUUCGUUCAUGUAGCCAUAUAUGAUACACUCACCCUGUCAAUAUUAUCUAAACUAGGAAUAUUUUGUUAAAUUUAAUGUGACUUUUGAGUCUAUAUUUAUUACUUUUGGGCAUUUUUAGUUCUUAGUAGUCAGACAUCACGAUAAUUUCGAGAAAUAUUUUCAUUUUGACAGAUUUUUUAAAAUUUAAUAAAACGAACGUAGACAAAUUAUCUAAUCGAAUUGUUAAGAUAAGCAGAUUGCGUAAUAAUACAAUUGUUAAU